AAAAAUAACGAAGAGCAACUACAUCCGAACCCCAAUGAGCAGCUCCCCCGGGUCCUCCGCCCUUAAGUUUUUGUCAGUGUCAGAAUCCAGCCCAGGGCCUAUAGGUUAAGCCGCUAUAGCUGUCCAGUUCUCCUGGGAAGAGAGUGAGGAUUUCCCGUGGCAGGCUCAAGGUUGCGUACCCAAGGCUAGGGGCUAGGAGAAAGGGGUUAGAGGCUGGGGCUGGGUGCUGUCGUUCCGGUUGGGGGGCCAGACGCUGAGGUUAGAGGACCACAGCUGAGAGUGUGAGAGCUGAGAGGUUGGGGCUGCAGGGAUGGAGUUACUGGAGGUCUUCAAGGUGAGGUUGGGAGGUGAGGGGAGGAAGAGACUGGGCGAUUGGGAAGGGACAUUAAAGUAGGGAUGGGGGAGGAGGUACGUGCUGAGAGGUGACAGCCGGGCAGUACCAGGCCGACUGGGGGCCCUAGAGCUAAGGCUGGUAGCCAGUCUGACAGAGGGGGUAUGGAUGGGGAACCGGGAAAAGUAAGGGAACGCUGCUCGAAAAGGCGGAGUGUGGGAGAGACCUGCCCGGUACACAGCGGCGUGGACCCCCAGGAAGACCAGGACCGGAGCACUGAUUGCGGCGUUCGUUCUCCGUGCGCCUCCAGCCUCCCCACGCGUCGCAUGCUGGCACCCCCGCCCACCGUGCCAGCUGCAGGCCAGGCCCUCCCUGCUUCUACUAGACUCUUCAUCCUCGGUCAGCUCCGCACUGGCCACCUUAGCUGCGGAGCCCAGGGACUCCCGAGCCGCAAACGCAUUGGGGAACUUGCUCCUCGAAGGGAAGGCUGGGCCGGAAAUUGGACCCUGCUCGCAGCCCAGAGGAGCGAAAACUUGUGGAAAUCGGACCUUGCCCUCGGAGUCCUGAGUCAAGGACACGAGUCCCCAAGCGGCACGGAAAACAGGUGGCAUUCAGCAAAUACGUCACGGCGACAACGGAUGCGGCCCUCCUCUUGGGGCGGCCACAAGGUGGAGCUACAGCGCAACCCUGCACCGCGCGCCUGGCCUCCGGACGCCCCCGAGGUGGCUGCUCUCCCGCGGGCCUCCCGCGAGUCCUUCAUUGCCGCAGCACCUAGACCUUUCAGGGCAUCGAUUCCAUCAUCAGUGUAUUCAUCACCAAUUCACAUCAUUUGGAAACGUGAUCAGCAGUUGAUUAGCAGCUGGUGUUGACCAGGACAAGACUAAGGAUUGAAGUUGACACUUCUGGGCCAGGCAUUCGGAGAUCUUCAAGGCCAAGCCUCUGCUCCCUACCACUCCCAUGAAUUGUCUCUCUCAGUUACAUUCAGCCACACUUUAUUCCUGGAAACACCCUUUUUCAGACUUCUGGGUUUUACAUGUCCUCUUCCCUCUGAUGGAGUUCCCGUUCCCUGCUUUGUGCAUCUUAGGAGAAGACUCUCAUCUUCUCCUGUAUGAAUCCACUCCUGAUUCUCUCCCAGGCAGGAAAAUGUUUUUCUUGCUCUGGGUUUCCUGAAUCGUCUGCUGCCUAGGCUCUCUACUAGGUGGAAGUGACUUGAGUGAGAGCACAGACUAUGUUCUUAUUGCCUAGCACAGGGCUGAGCAAAUGCUUAUCAACAGAAUGAACUCUGCCCUCUCUGAGUGUCCCUGUAGGUGGCUGCCUCUUUGCAGAGGCUGUCCUCACCUCUAGGAACCAGGACCCAGCAUUGAGUCUCUUCAGUUCAGCCCAGGAGAAGUCACUGCUGUGGGCUGUGAUUCGGGUUGGGAAUACAGAGGCUACAUUCGUGGUCC